UUCCCAACAAACCUCACUUUUGAAAGGACCGUCGUUGAGUAGAUCUCCGUUGAACCUCACUCUAGGUUCUACUGUAGACGAUCGGCACCCAAAUCACUUAGAUCUUGACGCGUGUUACCCAUGGACUCGUGUCAGUUGUAUAUAGCGCGAGUACUAACAAAGAUAUGUCGUGCGAGUACAAUUAUAUUUGAUUUUUGAGCAUCGCUUAAAAAUUCCCGCCCAAAUGCCAAAUGGCAUUUACAUGUGUAUUAUAUCACUCUCUCUCUAUAUAUCAUCUCUCUCUAGAGUCUUGAUUCUCCGUCUUCAAUACAUUUCUUCAAUUUCAUCGUAAUCGAACUUUCUCUCUCUGUGUGAAUGGAGGACUCUGUGAAAGAUCAAUCUUCUCUCUCUGCGAACAAGGGCAGAUCAUCGUCGAAGCUUCGGUAUCCGCUCCGAUCGGCAAAUAAAUCCAAGGAGGAGAAGCCGCCAGUGGCCCAAUUGUCAAACUCUUCUUUGGCUUCUCAGAGGGGAAGACCUGCAUCAAGUGUGAGUCAGAGUGUGGGUGUUCUUGACCUCUCUGCCAAGCACAAAUCUGCCAAGUCUCCCAGAAGGUUUUCUAUUCCUGCCAAGUCAUCUGUUGGCCCUGUCACCAAACCAGUUGGCUGUAUUACUCCAAUUUCUGAGGCUAGAGCAAAAAGAUCAGUUAAUAGUCAAGUGAAAAAUGACACACCAGUUUCUGAUGUUUCCAAAUCAUCAAAUAGAAGAAAGUUCAGUGCUCUUUCUUCAGCAUCAUACUGGCUAUCACAGAUUAAGCUCUCUGAAUCUGCUGCUAAACACUCGAUCUCCUUUGGCUUCUUCAAACUUGCUUUAGAGGCUGGAUGUGAGCCUAUUCAGCGAAUGAGGGAUGAACUAAAAUCUUAUGCGCGCCGACAUAACUUUGUAGAAAUUGGAGAACCUGCAAAAGAAUUGUUCGAAAGCUACAAUAUUUUAGAACACUUUGAGCAGUUGCAGGUUUCUGAAAUCUGUUCCCAAGUGCCGGAAGAAGGAACUAGAUCAUCUGAUGAUGAUGUACACAGUUCUUCUUCUAUUACGGGAACUAGGAAAUUGGAGCCCAAGUCGUUGAACACUGAUGCUGCUCAAGUUUCCCCUAUCAUAGAAUCAACCAAGGAGACUAAUUCAAAAAAUAAUCCUGGAAUGAGGACUAGGGGAUCCUUGAGCAAGAAUUCUGCAACCACAAGGUCUGUUUCAGGCAUUGCAGGGCGUAAUGUGCAAAAGAAAUCACCGAAGGCUAGCAAACAAGAAUCUAAUAAUGAGAAGUCUAAGAUCAAGAAGCAGGGAAAGAAAUCUGCUCGUGACGAAGGUCCAACCAUCCCUUCAUCUACAGAGGAAACACUCCAAGAAAACAAAGAAAACAUGGAAACUCCCCAGAUGGGAGAGAUGAGUUUGAUUGAAGUUUAAAGACAAUCUGCAUCAAGCAUGCUGAAUUAAUAUUUGGGUUCUGUCUUCUGUGUUUUUGGUGGGGACUUUUCCUUUGUAUAGAAAGGAGUUAAAUGUUGAACUGUUUUCAGUGUGGUGUGGAAGUCAUUUUAUUAUUAUUACUAUUAUUUUUCAUAUUUUCAAUUUGUACUUCAUUGUUGGUGGGUAAAUCUGGGAUUAUACUUUGUGUCUCAUUAUUAUUAUACAAUACUUUGGUGAUUUCAAA